AUGGACACGUUCGACGCUUUCGUCCACGGGAGAUCGAUCCCGAAGCUCCAGAAGAUCAUCCUUCUCAAGGAUGCUCUGUCAGGCAGAGCUCUCAACGCCGUAAGACACCUCAAUCUGCGAGCAGAAAACUACGAGCCUAUGAAGGCGCUCCUCGAGGAAGAAUUCGGUCGGACGAAUUACGCGGUGGACGCGCACAUCCAAGAAAUGGAGAGGAUCCUGUCAACCGGAGGAGAGAUCACGCUCGAUAAGUUACCCAAUUUUGUCAAUUUGGUCUCUCAACACGUUCACGCUCUCAUCGCGCUAGGCAGCACAUACACCUCUCUGUCCCUAUUCUCCAACAGGUUACUAACAAAACUAACAAUUGACACACAGCGCAAGUUCCUGGAAACCUCCGGUCCCCUUCCCCACAGCACAGACUACCUCGAGAUCCUUAUCAGGUUCAUGAAAGCAGAAGCACGCAGGACGGAAGAGCUCAGGGCGAAACAAGGGUCAGUGAGGAAACAAUUCCCGAGCACCCCAGUCGCUAAGAGCAACCACCAAGCGCAGAACAGACCGAGCCCCAGCGGAAACUACCGCCCCAAGAAUCCAUUCUACAGAGGAAAACCCAACCAGGAAGGGUCGGGGCCCCUCUCAUACAAGAACCCCUCCAACAGCUUCCACAUCAAUUCGACGACAUCAAGGAUUCCGAGCCGGCCAGUCCCGAACUCGCCGAAGCCCUCUCAACCUAUCCCAUGCAUCUUCUGCCAGGCAGAUCACCCCUCCUUCAGGUGCACCGCUCAGCUCACGCAUGAGGAACGCAUGGAGAAAGUGACAGCGGCGGGAGCAUGCCUUCGCUGCCUCAAGCUGAACCACCUGGCGAAAAACUGCAGGGAAGGACCGAAAACAAGCUGCCGCUACUGCAAUUUGAAGCACUACGCGAUUAUUUGCAGCAAGGCUCCAAUUCAACAAAACGUACCGCCAACGAAACACACCUCGGUGAAUCUGAACAACGACCCGGACGAGGAACAGGUGUUUCUCUGGACGGCACACGUGAUCGCUGCUCGGGAUAAUUUAACCGUCAGAUAA